AUGAUGCUAUGGAGAAAGAACAUUUCUGAGUAUCGUGAGGCUAUGCCCCUGAACCUCAAGAGCGAUUGUUAUCUGAUCUCCAAAACUCUCAAGACGGUGCAGCGUCCGAAGCUUCACUGGACGAAACCAAAGUUUGGAAUCAUCAAGGUGAAUACCGAUGCGGCCUGGUGCGGAUCCUCUUUGCGAACUGGAGUUGGAUGGGUGGGCCGCGAUUUUGCGGGGCUGCUUCAAUUUGCUGGAGGAUCGGGAACAGGUAUCUGUCAUAGUGCGGCGGCUGUUGAGGCUUGUGCUAUUCGGAGUGCUUUGAUGGCUUGUAUUGAUAAUGGUUUUGAUAAGGUGAUAAUUGACUCUGAUGCUUUAGUUAUCAUUAAGAUGCUAAGUAAGGUAUCCCCACAUGACUACAGUAUUGAAUGCAUCCUUGGUGACAUCGAGGUUCUAGUACAGAGGUUAAUGUCAGUGACGUUUUCGUUUGUACCUAGGGAGAGCAAUCUUGCGGCUCACUCGGUGGCGAAGUUUGCCUUGCAGCAAGGUGGUGAUUAUGUUUGGGACUGUAUUGGGCCGAAGUUUUUGUUUAACAUUUUAGCCCACGAUGUAAACAUUCAUAUUCGUCUUUAA